GUUAAAUCCACCCAAGGAGCCACACCGAGGAGAGGUGAACCUCUACAAAGUCUGGCAAAGUCCAACAAAUGACACUUUUGACGCCUCUACAAAGAAGCUUUAUUUCAACUUGACUACCUGUUGUUUCUUUUCAGCAACAGUUUCAGCAACGCGACCGGUGACCAUUUGAGUGGCGAACAUGACUUGAACGCAACGCCCGCUAACAAAAGUCUCUUUUGGCUAUGAGCUGCCGGGUGUGGAUGGUGAUGAUGAAGCCUGGAAGUGGCCUCCUCUCGCCACCUUGGACAAGCCGCCGCUCAGGUGUCUCGUUCAGCCACAGCCGACUGGUUGGGAGGCGUGUACACCCGUGACAGCCAGGAUUUGAGACACUUUUUUUUGGGAAGGGGAUGAGACGGAGACUCUAACGACCGAGGAAGAGUGAGAGAGAGAAAAGAGAGAAGAGAGAGAGUUCCUUUGAGCUGCCAAAGAGGCGCGCGCCAUGGCCUCGGAGGUGGUGUGCGGGCUGGUCUUCAGGCUGCUGUUGCCUGCCUGCCUCGCAGCCGCUUGUCUCUUCAGGUACAACGUCCUGUCCCUCAUCUACCUCAUCUACCUCCUGCUUAUUCCUCUCUUCCCCGAGCCCACGUGUACCACCAUGCAGGGCUACACAGGGCGUCUGCUGCAGUCACUGUGCUUCACCAGUGUGUCCUUCCUGCUCCUGCAUAUUAUUUAUCAGAUUACGGUCAACAGCCUCCUGGCCGGCAGCUCCAUCAGCGCCGACUUCAACUGUUCUGCGUGGGAAAAAUCCAUCAGACAAAUUGGAUUUGAGAGCGUGAUAGGUGCCGACGCGGGAAACGGCAUUCGAAUAUUCGUACCGGACAUCGGCAUGUGCAUGGUGGGGGGGGGCAUCUGGUUUUUGUGUCGCAGUCUGGUACAGAAGAGGCCGCCUGAGGACAUGGCUCAGGAUAAUGCCCAUUUCCAAGCUGAGGAACAAGAAGAAGACGAGAAGCUGAGCCUGGAAGAUCACAUCCUGCUGGAGGAGGACUCGGACGGUGGCUACGAGGCUGAGGAAGACGAGGAGGAUGAGGUUGAGGGAGAAGGUGAGGUGGCGGAUGACGAGGAAGAAGAAGAAGAAGCAAAGGAGAGCGCCAAGAUGAAAAUCCUGCGGCUGGUGGCAAAGGUGGCAUCCAAAGUCAAGGAGGUCAUUGGAAACCUGAUCACCACGGCAGGGAAGGUGGUGGUGACCAUCUUGUUGGGGACCACAGGGAUGAUGCUUCCUUCCCUCACCUCGGCCGUCUACUUCUUCGUCUUCCUAUUCCUGUGCACCUGGUGGUCUCUGCGCCGCACUUUCGACACGCUAAUGUUCAGCUGCAUGUGCGUGCUGAUGGCCAUCUUCAGUGCCGGCCAUCUGGUGGUUCUCUACCUCUACCAGUUCCAGUUUUUCCAGGAGUCAGUCGCGCCAGACGACGACUUCAUCAGGUACUUUGGCAUGUCACCCAUCAUUCAGAGUGACUGCGGCCGCACGUGGAAGCUGAUGGUGCACCCCAAGAGAAAGUGGCACCAUUUUGUCAACCCUGUCAUGCUGCUGCUUCUCUAUUAUACACUGGCCACGCUCAUACGCCUCUGGCUGCAGGAGCCUAUUGACCAGCUGACCGAUGACGAGGAGGAAGACGCGUGCAAGGAAGACGAGCCGCUCGGGAACGGGACAAAUAACUCAGCCAACAGGAAGAGGCAGAUGUGGUGGGAGUCUAGGCAAGGCACAGACGAGAGAAAUUUGCUCUCCACUCAGGAUGCCGUCAGUGCAACCGAGGUUGUGCUAGCUCCCAACGGAACGUCCUUUGACUUCACGGUGACUGACAACGGUCCGCGCUAUCUGGACCUGUACGCCACUCCUCAGUACAAAGGAGGCCAGUCCAUCGGUGACUCCACAGCAGAGAAGGAAGAGCUGCGCGUGUACGAGGUGAGCCUUCCUCCCGAAGACGGGGAAUCGCCCUCGGGAGAGGACAAGUCAGAGGGAAGUGAGGACGCCCUGACCAAGCGAGGCGUGGGCGCCAUGGUCAAAGUUUUCCACUUCAUCAUGAAACAGAGUUACAUCUGCGCGCUCAUGGCCAUGAUGGCGUGGAGCAUCACAUACAUCUCGUGGCUUACCUUCGUCUUCCUCAUCUGGUCCUGCAUCCUGUGGAUGGUGCGCGACCGUCGGCGCUACGCCAUGUUGUCGUCACCCUUCAUGGUGGCCUACGGCAACCUCUUGAUCGUCCUGCAAUACUUCUUCAGCUUUGAGGGCAUCGCGCACAUGCCGGGACUCUCCGUGUCCAAAAAUAACCUCUUUCAUUCAAUUUCCUCCAAGGUGUUGUGUCUGUUGAGCUUUUGGCUGCUGUUGAGGCAGACCCUUACUGAGAAGUUAGAGAAGCAAAAGGAGGAAGAGGCGGGUCUCUUAGGUGUUCAGGUGGAGGAGCAAAAGAUGAAAGAGGAAGAGAAAUCUGAGACCGAGGACGAACAGGACGUCAUGCACGUGCUGGGCAACUUGGUGAUGGCCCUGCUGGUCAAAUACUGGAUCUAUAUCUGUGGCGGCAUGUUCUUCUUCGUCAGCUUUGAGGGGAACAUCGUCAUGUACAAGAUCAUCUACAUGAUGAUGUUCCUUUCCUGCGUGGUGCUCUACCAGGUGCACUACGAGUGGUGGCGAAGAAUCCUUAAAUACUUCUGGAUGUCUGUGGUGAUGUACACCAUGCUGGUGCUCAUCGCCGUUUACACCUUCCAGUUCAGAUCCGACUCGGCGGAGAACAAAGACAGUUUCAAGGAUUUGGGCCUGGAGAAAUUUUCAGUGUCCGAGCUAUUCACCAGGAUCUUCAUCCCUACCUCCUUCUUGCUCGUGUGCAUCCUGCACCUGCACUACUUCCACGAUCGCUUCCUGGAGCUCACCGACCUGCAAGCGGUGGUGGCCAAAGAAGAGAGCACUAUCUAUAGGCUGGUUCACCCGGAAGGCAGCCUGGCUGACCUCACUAUGCUCAGCGCCAGCUCCGCCGAGGCCUCGCUGUCCCGGAGCAAGGAGGAAGAGCAGGGGGAGCAGACUCUGGUAGUAGUGAAGGACGACUCUAUGUCUUCGGCGGGUGAUACCAAGCCAGGCGGCCUCUCCGACGCCAGGCAGUCCAGCACCGACGACAGCCAGCGCUUCAGCACGGCCACCGAGACCCAAUCCAGCACCGAGCAGAGUUCCGAUCUGAGGAGCAAGUGGCACUUGGUCGUGGACCGGCUGACGGUGCUCUUCCUCAAGUUCCUCGAGUACUUCCAUAAACUGCAGAUGUUCAUCUGGUGGCUGCUAGAGAUCCACAUCAUUAAGAUUGUCUCCUGCUACGUCGUGCUGGUCUCCAUCCGGGAGGUAUCGUUGCUCAACUACGUGUUCCUGGCAUCGUGGGCCUUUGCGCUGCCCUACAGCCAGUAUCGGCCUCUGGCGGCCCGCGUGUGCAGCGUCUGGACGUGCGUCAUCAUCGUGUGCAAGAUGUUGUACCAGCUCGAGUCCAUCAAGCCGCUAACGUACUCCAAGAACUGCUCCAUGCCGGCAGCCUACACCCCUGAGCAACAGAAGGAGAUGAUGGGCUCUCUGCUCUACAAAAGUCGGGUGGAUCCUGCUAACUGGGUGGGCCUGCAAAAGAGCGACGACUUGCUGGGCUACAUCAGGCACAACCUCCUGAUCCUGGCUCUGCUGGCGUUCGAGGUGACCAUCUACCGCCACCAACUGUACUUCCGUGUGAGGAACAAGCUGUCGCCUCCUGCUGCUCGCAUCAUCUUCCACGACGUGACGCGCCAACACCUAGACGUGGGCAUCGUGUGCUUCAUCAAAUACUUCAUCAACUACUUCUUCUACAAGUUCGGACUAGAGACUUGCCUGCUGCUGGGCGUGAAUGUGAUUGGCCAGCGCAUGGACUUCUACGCCAUGCUGCAGGCCUUCGCCCUCAUCACCGUCAUGUACCGGCGCCGCAGGAAGGCCAUCGCCGAGAUCUGGCCCAAGUACUGCUGCUUCCUGGCCUGCAUGCUCACCUUCCAGUACUUGAUCUGCAUCGGGGUCCCCCCCGCGGCGUGUAAAGACUAUCCUUGGAGAUUCCCGAGCUACUCAACAGACUCCAACGUGGUCAUGUGGCUCUACGUUCCCGAUUUCCUCUCCAGGCCCAAUCCGUCUUUCCUCAUCUAUGACUUCAUGCUGCUGCUGUGCGCCUCCAUGCAGAGGCAAGUGUUUGACGACGAGAACAAGGCGGCCGUGCGCAUUAUGGCCGGAGACAACGUAGAGAUCUGCAGGGACUUGGACGCGUCCUCCUUUAGCGUGCACAACCCCGUCCCUGACUUCAUCCACUGCAGGUCGUACUUGGACAUGCUGAAGGUGAUCAUGUUCAGCUACCUGUUCUGGUUCGUGUUGACGAUCAUUUUCAUCACGGGCACCACGCGCAUCAGCGUGUUCUGCAUGGGCUACCUGGUGGCCUGUUUCUACUUCCUGCUCUUCGGCGGUGAGCUCCUGCUCAAGCCCAUCAAAAAAAUUCUCCACUACUGGGACUUCCUCAUUGCCUACAACAUCUUUGUCAUCACCAUGAAGAACAUUUUGUCUAUUCUGGCUUGUGGAUACAUCAACUCUCUGAUCCCCCACAAGUGCUGGCUCAUUCAGCUCUUCAGUCUGGCAUGCACCAUCAAGCAAUACAAAAUCAACACCAACCAGGAACAUCUCGAUGUGGACCAGCGGUGCGAGCUGCCCAGCGACGAUGCAGGCAUCAUCUGGGACAGCAUAUGCUUCGCCUUCCUGCUGCUGCAGCGGCGCGUCUUCAUGAGCUACUACUUCCUGCACGUGGUGGCCGACAUCAGAGCCUCCCAGAUCCUCGCCUCCAGGGGGGCAGAGCUUUUCCAGGCCACCAUCGUGAAGGCAGUGCGGGCACGCUUGGAGGAGGAGCGUAAAUCUGUGGAGCAGCUGAAACGACAGAUGGAGCGCAUUAAGGUGCGGCAGCAAAAGUUCAAGCGUGGCAAGGAGAGGAUGCUGAGCAUAGCGCAGGAGUCAGUGGAGGGACAGACGCUUGCCCCGCCCCCUCCCGACGAGGAGGACGAGGGAGCGCAGCGAGCCAAAGCCAAGACCAAAAAAAAGCACUGGUGGAGGCCGUGGGUUGACCAUGCUUCCAUGGUUAGAAGCGGAGAGUAUUACUUGUUUGAGACCGACAGCGAGGAGGAGGACGAAGAGGACGAUUUGAAAGACGAGGAGCCACCGAGGAGGUCCGCCUUCCAGUUCCUCUACCGUACGUGGAUCAAAGACCCCAAAGCAGCCCUGAAGGCAAGAGCCAGAGACAAACGCAAGUUCUGGAAGAGAUACACCAAAGGAGGCAGACACAAGAAAAGCAAAAAGCAGGAAACUUACUUGGGCAUCGAGAUGGACUACCUGUCCGACAGCCAAGAACAAGACGAUAACUCUGGCCCAGACAACAUCUUCAAGCGUGUGUUCAACAUCAUCAAGUUCACAUGGGUGUUGCUGCAGACCACCGUGGACAGCUUCACCCGCUGGAUGAACGAAGUGUGCCGGGAAUACAUCGACAUCUCCACCGUGCUGCGCAUUGAGCGCUGCAUGCUUACCAGGGAGGUCAAGAAGGGCAACGUGCCGUCCAGGGAGAGCAUUCACGUGUACUACCAGAAGGCCAUGCGGCUCAACAUGUCACGGCAGGCCAGCAUGGACCUCCUCAGUGAGGAUGAGUCGGGGGAGAGUUCGACGGGGGUCCGGCGGCGGCGGCGGCGGCAGAGAGCCUACCCAAUGGAGAGCCAGGCCUCCACGGCCUCCAGGGACAGCAUAUCGAGCGCCUACACCGAGGCCACCACGCUGUUUUCUCGUCAGUCCACCUUGGAGGACCUGGACGGGAUGCCCGAGUGCAUCCCCAAAACCAGCGAGCGGCCACGGCCCAAACUGCGCAAGAUGUACGGCCUGGAUAUGUCCACCUCGUCCGUAGACAGCGGCAGCAGCUUCGUGUCCAGACAGGGCACCGCGGAAACCAUAGAAGAAGAAGUGGAGGAUGAGCGGGAUCAUCGCGAGGAAGGACCACGACGUCUUCCUCAGAGGUCCCAGGAACUGGAGGAGUCUGAGGAUGAGGGUGGAGCCUGUGGUGAAUCAGAGACGCAUCCUCAGGAAGACAAGUUGGAAGUGGGACAGGAAAUAGAACAUAUGGAGGGGCCAGUUCUCAGCGACGAGGGACCGGAAGUGGAACAUGAGGAGAGGAGUGUCAUCUGGGCGUCUUUCAAGCAAGACGAAGAGCCUUCUAAUCAACUCCAAGAGCACGCCAUUAGUGAGAGCGAGGGUGGAGGAGAAGGAUGUCAGCAGGACUUUCCCCACACGGGGGAUCUCAUGUGCCCCAAUGACACGGACGCCUCAAAGACGUCGGACGGCGACGUGCCGCCCAGCUACAGCAAGGCGGUCAGCUUCGACCGGCUGGAGAUGAGCGACGACGACAGCGACGAGGAUAGGGGACGGCGGCGCAUGUUCAUGACCUCAGACAGCCGCUCGGACAGCAGGUCCGACAUCCUGCUGCCUUCCAUGACCACGGAGCUGACGGCCAGCGAGCUGCUGCUCAACAAGAUGUUCUACGAUGAGGAGCUGGACCAGUCAGAGAAGUUCUACCAGAACCAGCCGCUGGUUCUACAGCUGUGCUAUGCCUUGUACAACAUGCUAGUGGCGCACUCUGAGAUGGUUUGCUUCCUGGUCAUCAUCAUCAACCACAUGGUGUCGGCCAACUUUGCCACGCUGGUGCUGCCCGUCACCAUCUUCCUGUGGGCCAUGCUGUCGGUGCCGAGGCCCAGCAAGCGCUACUGGAUGACUGCCAUCGUCUACACCGAGGUUACCAUUGUCAUCAAGUACUUUUUCCAGUUUGGCUUCUUUCCCUUUAACCAAAACAAGUUACUAAAGGACAACCCUUACCACCCGCCCAACAUCAUCGGUGUGGAGAAAAAGGACGGCUAUGUCCACUACGAUCUAGUCCAACUCCUGGCGCUCUUCUUUCACAGGUCCAUCCUCAAGUGCCACGGCCUGUGGGACGAGGACAACCCCAAGGAGAAGAGGGCGGCGUCCCGUCAGAGCGAGUCAGAGGAUGAUGGGAGCCGUAGAGACGAGAGCGAGAGGGAGUCGGAACCCGCUUCCGUCGCCGCCACCAAUGCCUCCUCGGGGCGCCGUGGCUCCACCAACACCUUACGCUCCAUCAACUUUGGCACCUCCAUGGACUCGGGCCACGUGCAACUGCACAAACAGCAGGAGAACACCUACCAGCGGCGCACCAGUUCCAGCGGGGGCUCGCACGUCUCACACAGAUCCCUGUACUCGUCCGACCGAGCCAAGCGGGGAAGCGUCACCUCCCGCGGCAGCAGCCACAAGGACGGCAGCGAAGCCAGCGUGCAUCAGAAGACCAAGAAGCAAAUGAUCCUGGAGAAGCUCAAGGAGCAGCUCUUCAAGGCCAGAGCUUAUAGUGUCAAGAUGUUCAUGGAGAUCUACGUGCCCAUGCGUCAGUUCUUCUAUGACCUCAUCCACCCCGAGUACAGCGCCGUGACCGACGUCUACGUGCUCAUGUUCCUUGCCGACACCGUCGACUUCAUCAUCAUCGUCUUUGGCUUCUGGGCUUUUGGCAAACACUCGGCGGCAGACAUCACUUCGUCGCUGUCAGAGGAUCAGGUCCCUGGACCUUUCUUAGUGAUGGUCCUCAUCCAGUUUGGGACCAUGGUGGUGGACCGCGCCCUCUACCUGCGCAAGUCUGUCAUGGGCAAGGUCAUCUUCCAGGUCUUCCUGGUCUUCGGCAUCCACUUCUGGAUGUUCUUCAUCCUGCCGGGAAUCACAGAGAAGCGUUUCAACAAGAACACCGUGGCCCAGAUGUGGUAUUUUGUCAAGUGCAUCUACUUUGGGUUGUCAGCGUAUCAGAUCCGCUGCGGUUAUCCCACCCGUGUGUUGGGGAACUUCCUCACCAAGAGCUACAAUUAUGUCAACCUCUUCCUCUUUCAAGGGUUCCGUAUGGUUCCGUUCCUGACUGAGCUGCGUGCCGUGAUGGACUGGGUGUGGACGGACACGUCAUUGUCUCUGUCCAGCUGGAUCUGUGUGGAGGACAUCUACGCUCACAUCUUCAUCCUCAAAUGCUGGCGAGAGUCAGAGAAGAGGUACCCUCAGCCACGAGGCCAAAAGAAGAAAAAGGUGGUGAAGUACGGCAUGGGCGGGAUGAUCGUGAUGCUGCUCAUCUGCAUCGUGUGGUUCCCGCUGCUCUUCAUGUCGAUCAUCAAGUCCGUGGCCGGCGUGGUCAACGCGCCUCUGGACGUCUCCUUCGAGAUUACACUGGCGGGAUUCCAGCCCAUCUUCACCAUGAGCGCUCAGCAGAAACAACUGCAAGAAGUCUCUGAGAAAGACUUUAACUAUUUCAUCAAACAGUACAAUGAUAAUGAGAAAGCGCUGGAGUGGCUGGGGGGCUACGUGCCGGGUGACUUGGUGAUCGCAGAGCUGAAGGGCAGCUCCAACUCUCUGUGGACCAUCAGCCCCCCAAGCAGGAAAACCCUCAUUGACAUGCUGGCUCUGGACGAGGACUUCCCCAUCACGGUGUCCUGGUCCGUGCAGCGCAACUUAAGCUUGGGAGCCAAGGCGGAGACGGCGUCCGGCAAACGGGUCACCAAUCUCUCCAACGAUACCAAGAGGGAGCUCGUGCUGCUGCUCAGGGGAGACAAGAACGAGUCGCACGUGAUGCUCACCGACAUCUUCCCGCGCUACAUCAGAGCGCCCAGCGACUCCGGUGCCAAGCCUGUUGAGCAGCUGAAUAAAGCAGACGAGAAGAUGUGGAACAUCAGCGUGAGCCUACGCCAAGUGAAGACGGCCCACCGUCAGCUCCAGGAGUGGUGGAUUGUCAACCAGACGGAGCGCGGACCCAUCAAAAAGAGUCAGAACCACGAUGCCUGCCUGGAUCUUUACGUCUUCAGCGACCAAGUCAGCCCACCCAGCCUGGGCUUCCUGGCCGGAUACGGGAUCAUGGGCCUAUACGCGUCAGUGGUGCUGGUGAUCGGCAAGUUUGUGCGCGAGUUCUUCAGCGGCAUCUCGCACACUAUCAUGUUUGAGGAGCUGCCCAAUGUGGACCGCAUCCUCAAGCUGUGCACCGACAUCUUCCUGGUGCGCGAGACGGGAGAGCUGGACCUGGAGGAGGACAUGUAUGCCAAGCUCAUUUUUCUCUAUCGCUCGCCCGAGACCAUGAUCAAGUGGACACGCGAGAAGACUCAGUGAGUGCGCCUACCUGUCCUUUUUUUCUAUCCGCCUGCCUUUUCCUGACUUUUGGUGCUGCUGUCAGCGAAUGAGACGACUACUUUUUGAGACGAUGUACCCUGUUAGAA